UGUACUCAUAUACCUUGUGGUUCGGCUAAGAAGGAACCCGCAAAAAAACUGAGACACUAACAGGGGAAACCAUUUUAACAUUAUCGUGCGCAAUGAACUCGUCGGAGUUGACUAACUUCGGUGAUGGUGAGGGGUUUUUCAACGAUGGUGAAAGGUUUUUCAACAGAUCGGAGCAAAAGGCGCUGUCCGAUCAACUUUUAUUUGGGAUUGGCAUGGACAACUUCAUUACGCUUCUAGUAUUUGGAGUAAUUUUCACGUUGGGUGUGAUGGGCAACUCCAUGGUCAUCACCGUACUUGCCAGGAGCAAGCCAGGAAAACCCCGGAGCACCACCAACAUCUUUAUUCUAAACCUCAGCGUCGCUGACCUUUCUUACCUGCUCUUCUGCAUUCCGUUUCAGUCUACAAUAUACAUGAUGCCAACAUGGGUACUGGGUGCCUUCAUAUGUAAAUUCAUCCACUAUUUCUUUACGGUCUCUAUGCUUGUCAGUAUCUUCACUCUGUCUGCUAUGUCCGUGGAUCGCUAUAUUGCCAUAGUUCACUCGAGAAAGUCGUCCUCCAUCCGUGUGGCGAGACAUGCCCUGGUUGGGGUGGUAAUUAUUUGGAUCCUCUCCCUGGCAAUGGCAGCACCUGUGGCUCACUAUCAGGAUCUGUUCGAGAGGGACAAUAAUACCUAUUGCUGGGAAGUAUGGCCCAACCAAAACCACAAGAAGAUCUACGUGGUGUGCACGUUUGUCUUCGGUUAUGUCUUGCCCCUUUUACUGAUAUCUUUUUGUUACGCAAAGGUCCUAAAUCACUUGCACAAAAAACUCAAAAACAUGUCUAAAAAAUCAGAAGCAUCUAAGAAAAAGACUGCUCAGACAGUGCUGGUGGUGGUUGUGGUCUUCUGCUUGUCCUGGCUGCCCCAUCACGUGGUCCAUUUGUGGGUGGAGUUUGGGAAAUUUCCACUCAACCAGGCGUCGUUCGUGUUCCGGGUGACGGCCCACUGCCUGGCUUACAGCAACUCCUCAGUCAAUCCCAUCAUCUACGGAUUCCUGUCGGAGAACUUCCGCAAGGCGUACAAACAGGUGUUCAGGUGCCAUUUCACCAGCGAAUCUCCCCUCAAUAACAUCAAAGAGAUCAGAAGCAAGGCUGACACACCACCCUCCACCAACUGCACCAAUGUAUGACUGCUUGGCAGGCUUGGGUUGACUGACAUUUGUGCCUUGUGUGCCACAAAGUAGGCUCAAGACUAGUGAGGUUGGCUGACAACCCGG